CUUUCCUCGCCGUCCCUUGCCAGGGGCCCGCGGUCCGGGAGGGAGCCGCUGGUCCCGCGUCCGGCCUGGUUUGCCCCAGAGGAAUGCGAGACCAGACUAAACUGUGGCCCCGCCUCCCUGCGCCGUGCCAGCAGGGCUUGGAGCUAGGGCACCUCGGUCCCGGGUCCUCUCGGCCGGCCGGGGUGGGGGGCGUUCCACCGUGCACAUCACGGACCCGGGCCCUGCGGCCUGGCACUCCAGGGUUUCCUCCUCAGGGCCCCUAGGAUGGAGGGAGGCACGCACGGACAGCGGCUCCUUCUUGGGAUGAGUCAAGGAAUCGAGGUCACACCAGUGGUCCCUCUUCCUGAUGGAGCCGCACUUGGUUGUGGGCACAGACCUGGAGCUGGAUGUGUGACAGGCCCGGGGGUGUGGGGGGUGUGGUGGAGACGUGGGGUCCCUCUAGCUGUGCUCCUGCUUGAGCCCCGCCCCUCCUAAAUGCAGACCCAGGAGCUGACAGAGCUCUGCGGGCCCUGGGUUUAAAGGUGACAGGGAGAACUUUGUUGCUGCAGGGACGGAUACCACUUUGCUGGCGUCCCUAGCAGACCUCGGCUCUCCAGGAAAGGCCCCUGUCGGCAACAGGGACUUGAAUUAUUUGAGGAUGUGGAAUAAAGAAAUGAGUUGAGGAGCCUAGGAAAGGUUUCUGUCAGUGGCAGUCUGAGGGAGGUGGCAAGUAAGACCUUCAUCCCCAAGGGCCCUUCUCUGCACCUCGGAUCUCUCUCUGCACUGGGGGAAAGGCAGAGAGAGGAGUUAGUCUGAAGUUCCUGGAGCAACUUUGAGAGGCUGGGCAUGGAAUUCUGCAGGGGAGGCGAGGACACAGAAGUGUUUUGUUUCUGGGCUGGCUGGGGAAACGCUAUCGUAACUCUUUACCUUCCUCGUCCCCAGCUCUGGUCAGCUGAGUGUGGAAGUAGACUUCUGGCACCACUUCCAUGGUCUUUUCAGGCCACACGAUCUCCAAGUAGCAGGGAAAAGGAGCGAGCCUGCAUGCCAAUUCUAAGCUCUUCCGGAUCAAAUGUCGUUCGUCCUGUCCAGAAUGGCAGCCUGUGGAGGCACCUGCAAGAACAAAGUAACUGUCUCCAAGCCUGUGUGGGACUUCCUGAGCAAGGAGACCCCAGCCCGGCUGGCCCGGCUUCGGGAGGAGCACCGAGUGUCCAUCCUCAUCGAUGGAGAGACUUCUGACAUCUACGUGCUCCAGCUUUCCCCACAGGGCCCUCCCCCAGCCCCUCCCAAUGGGCUCUACCUGGCCCGCAAGGCUCUCAAGGGGCUACUGAAGGAGGCGGAGAAAGAGCUGAAGAAAGCUCAGAGGCAGGGGGAGCUCAUGGGCUGCCUGGCUUUGGGGGGUGGUGGGGAGCACCCCGAGCUGCACCGCCCAGGUCCACCUCCUCUUCGGGCAGCCCCGCUCCUGCCCCCAGGAGCACGAGGGCUCCCACCUCCCCCUCCUCCCCUGCCCCCUCCCCUCCCUCCGCGUCUUCGGGAGGGGGCUGAGGAGCAGGAAAGCAUCUGCCCCAUCUGCCUGGGGGAGAUCCAGAACGCCAAGACACUGGAGAAGUGCCGACACUCCUUCUGUGAGGGUUGCAUCACCAGGGCCCUGCAGGUGAAAAAAGCCUGCCCCAUGUGUGGCCGAUUCUACGGGCAGCUGGUGGGCAACCAGCCCCAGAAUGGGCGGAUGCUGGUCUCCAAGGAUGCCACCCUCCUGCUACCUAGCUAUGAGAAGUACGGCACCAUUGUCAUCCAAUACGUCUUCCCGCCCGGUGUCCAGGGGGCUGAACACCCGAACCCAGGAGUUCGGUAUCCUGGUACCACACGGGUGGCCUACCUCCCGGACUGCCCCGAGGGCAACAAGGUGCUGACCCUGUUCCGAAAGGCAUUUGACCAGCGCCUCACCUUCACCAUCGGCACGUCCAUGACCACAGGGAGACCCAAUGUCAUCACUUGGAACGACAUCCACCACAAGACCAGCUGCACAGGGGGACCCCAGCUGUGCGGCUCCUCCUCAUUUCCUUCCCCCUGGCUCCUCCCCUUCUUCCCAUGUCUACUUUGGGGGAGUCAUCUGUCCCCUCCUCUGGGAGUCUCCUAACUGGAGAAGACCACCCAUCACUUCCUCAGUCUGUUUUCAUCUUGGUCCUGAUGUGUUCAGCUUAACAAACAAAACAAAAACAAAAAGCUGUAGACUCUGGCUUAUCUUGGUUUUGGAGGUCCCUCCUCAUGGGAAGUGGGGAGGGGUCUGAAUCUGGCCUCUCCGGAGUCACUCAAAAUGAGGGUGGGUAAUAAUGAACAAAUCCAAGCAGCUGACUCUGACCCUCGUCUCUCUUUGCCCCAGGUUUGGGUAUCCGGACCCCACCUACCUGACCAGGGUGCAAGAGGAACUGCGAGCCAAGGGCAUCACAGAUGACUGAAGGCCGCCCCCUUUGCCA